AUGCCGGCGCCCGCGGGCGGCGGGCGGCGAGCGGCGAGGCGAUCGGGCUCCGCGCCCCGGCGGGUGCGGAGUGGGACUCGGCGGAGGGGCGAGAGUGCGGCAUGGGGGCCGAGGGGCCGGACCGAGCCGGGCUGUGGGACCCGCCGGAGGAAGGGAGACCGAGGCGGGAGGGCGGGACGGGGCGGGCCGCCUGCCCGCGCCGCCUCCGGGCGCACUGCUGCGGGGCGCUCCGACGGACUCGCGCUGCCCGGGCGGCGGCGGCACAUUCACUCUUUAUUAGCUCCCUCCCUGCCCCAGCCCGCGCUCCGGCGAAGUGAGAAGCCGCGGCUGGGGACGCCAGGAGCUCCCGCGUGGGGCUCUCGCCGCGGCCCCCGCGCCUGCGUGGCCAAGCCUCCAUCGCGGCCCCGCCCCGCCCAGGCCCCGCCCACCGGGCCGCCGGAGACUCCGCCCCCGAGCAGCAGGCUCCUCCCCCGCGCCGCCCGCCUCCCUCCCGUUUCCUUCACCUUCGAUUUCUGUCUGGAAAGCCCCGGGGACAAGGACGCCGCGGAGCCGCCCGCGCGCCCGCGGAGGGCGCCGCAGGAGCGCCGACGCCCAGGAGGAGGCGGGCCCGGCCCGGGCUGCGGGUGCCUAACGCCGGCGGGCGCAAGUCUGACCAGCCGGAGAGACUUCGGGGACCCGGAGCGAAAGCCCAGGUUUGGCGAAGGCUGCGGCCGGGACUGCCACCGACGGGCCCGCGCUUUCUCACGCCCGCCGCGAGGCGGGAGCCGGAAGGGACCGGAGAGCCGCGGGGACAGCUUGGGAGACGUCUCUGGACCGAGAGUGCAGCUCCUAACCUACCCUGACGGCGACCCCGGUGUCAGUGGAAAGACGUGUGAGGAGAGAACUGUUCCCUCAGUAGGACUGGAAAGAAAGGAUCCCGAGAGCCCGCGGCGAGGGCGCCUGCCCUGGCCGGGACCCUCGCGCUGA